GUGAGAGAUAGAGGAGGAAGACAUACAAAAGGUUCACUCCCUUCAUACUGCCUGUCAGCUGCUCCUGAAUUGAGCCUGAGAGAUGAUGACUCCAUGAGAGGAUAUCUCUGCUGCAUUUUACCCAUUAUUAUAUACAUGAAUAUACUGUACAGUAUAUUAGCUGGGACACGCACCUUUACGAUUCUUUUCAGCUGCUUCUUGAUCACUUGAAUUUCUAGAUUGUUCUCUCAUCAUUGGAAGGAAAAUAGCUGGAGCUUUUCCAGGAAGUCUAGAAGAAAAUGCUGCCCUCCAAACAGUAUGUGAUAGGAGCUACCUUGAUGAUGGUGCUGCUGAUUAUUGUGUCCAUCUGUUUAUACAAUCCAGAGAGAAUGUCUCAAUUCAAACAGAAGACUGGCUGGUUACAGAAUGUGAAUGACUGCUCACAGAAACUAGAUGACAAGUCUACAGAAUUGGCGCAUUGUGAGAGGAAUCUACUUAUGAAUGAUCUAAAUGGAAGGAAAGCAAGUCUGAAUGCUGUCACUUCUUGGCUUGCUCCAAUCAUCUGGGAUGGAAUAUAUAAUUUAAAAACUUUAAAUGAGCAACACAAGGACACCAGGAUAGGACUGUUUGUAUUUGCUGUGAAAAAGUACAUUCGGUUUCUUGGUCCAUUCCUGGAAACAGCAGAACAUUUCUUUAUGGUUGGCCACAAUGUUACGUAUUAUGUUUUUACUGACAAUGUCAAUAAUGUAGUUAAGCCCAAAAUGGGUGAAGGUCGCAAUCUGCAGUUGCAUGAAGUGUCCGCUGACAAGCGAUGGCAAGAUGUGUCCAUGCGACGAAUGGAAAUUCUGACCGCCAUUACAAAGGAGCGGAUGGCAAAUGAAAUUGACUACUUGGUAUGUGCUGAUGUGGACAUGGUCUUUAAUGACCAUAUGGGAGUGGAAAUCCUUGGUGACCGAUUUGCCACAAUGCAUCCAGCGUACUUCCUUGAUGAACCACAAGGAUUUUCAUACGAGCGACGACCCAUUUCUGCUGCUUACAUACCUUAUGGUGAAGGGGACUUCUAUUAUAUGGCAGCAUUGUAUGGUGGGAAGGUGGAAGAAAUUUACAAACUUAGCACAGCUUGCCAUAAUGGAAUCAAGGAGGACCAGAAAAAGAACAUUGAAGCCGUUUGGCAGGAGGAGUCCCAUCUCAACAGAUAUUUGGUAUACAAUAAACCUACCAAAGUACUUUCUCCAGAAUAUAUUUGGGACACAGAUUUGCCCAAUGGCGAAUUAAUAAAAAGAAAGAGAUUCUUAGCAGUACAUAAAAACCAUGAGGAAGUAAGAAACUAAAAUGUUCUGACCAUUGUGUAUUAAUUUAAUGCUAUUCUUUAGAAUAAGGACCUUACUGCAAUGAACAUAGCCUUUCUUCAGUUUAUAAUGAGAGUUCAUUAUGGUUCACUUAUUAUGGAAGCUUCAUAUCAUACUUUGUUAAAAAAAAUUAAUCAGGGAUUCUAUUACUGUUGGAAUGAACCAUUUUAAUUUAUUUGCAUUUUGUUGCACAACAAAAUUAAUCUUGGUCCAUAAAUAAUAUUCAGUAUACAUGUGCCUUGGAAUAUAGUUGAACCACCUAGCUUCAGGUGUCAACCAGCUGUGCAUAUUUUUUUUGUUGAAGAAGAAAAUGUACAUAUAAUGGAGUUUUUUUUUUAUCAGAAAAAAAGUGGUUUGACUGUUAAAAUAUGAUGUUGCAGUCUUGAAAAUCAGGUUCCUGCUUAAAGGCUAAGAUAGAAAUAUCAAAUAUAAAUAGCAUCCAUGUAUUGUAGAGAAUAAACAAAGAGUCACUGCACUGUU